AUGGCUCACAAGAGAGCUUUGGAAGCAUUAGAUACAGCCCUGAAAGACAUCCGAGGCUGUCAUGCUCCAAUGGGAGAUGUUACGCUUCUGUUGUCAGGUGAUUUCAGGCAAACUCUUCCUGUCAUUCCGAAAGACACUAGAGCAGAUGAGGUCCAAGCAUGCCUAAAAUCCUCUACCUUGUGGUAUCAUGUUACCAUCCUCAGUCUUAACACUAACAUGAGUGCUCAGCUACAUGGCGACCAAAUGUCCAAAAAGUUUGCACAGGACAUUUUGACAAUUGGUGAUGGCAAGGUGCCUCUCGAUGCUGCAGGAGAAAUGGAAGUAUGGCCAUUUUGCUCUGUUGUUAAUUCUGUAGAUGACCUCAAACACAAAGUCUUUUCCAACUUCAAAGAAAACUACCUAAAUCACAAUUGGCUGUGUGAAAGAGCAAUAUUAGCUCCAAAAAACGUAGCUGUUACAAAAAUUAAACAACACCUGAUGCAUUCUCUUCCCGGCAAUCUUCAAGCUUACAAGUCUGUUGAUACAGUUCCAGAUACUAAUGAAGUGGUGAACUAUCCUCCUGAAUUUCUCAAUUCGUUGGAGCCUCCUGGACUACCUCCCCACAUAUUAUCACUUAAAGUUGGAAUGCCUGUUAUGCUACUCCGCAAUCUGGAACCACCAAGACUUUGCAAUGGAACACGAUUCGGGAUAAAGAAGAUGAUGUCACACGUUAUCGAGGCUACCAUUCUUUCUGGAUGUGAAAAAGUGAUCGGAACAGAUGGAUAUCCAUUGGUGUUAAGUCAGCAGCGUCGCAAAAAAACCGAACUACCUAAACAUUUACAAGGUUUAAUGGGAGAAGCUAAUCUGAAGUUUGCCCGUGGAGAGCACCAAGAAGCUAUUAAUAUGUGUCUUGAAGUUAUUCGCCUUGCCCCACAAGCUAUUGUUCCUUUCCAAACUCUUGGCAUGCUUUAUGAAGAAAUGGGUGAUUUGGAGAAAUCUCUACAAUUAUAUCUAAUAGCAGCUCACCUGUGGCCAAAUGACCCAGAGGAAUGGGCACGUCUCGCUCAUAUGUCAAAAGAACUGAAUAACCCCAGGCAAGCUAUUGCUUGUUAUAGUAAAGCAAUCCGGUGUGAUGCAUCGAAUGCAGAUUAUAUUUGGGCUAGGUGCAAUUUAUAUGAACAAAUUGAUGAACAUUCAAAAGCUUUGGAAGGAUACCAAAGCAUUCUUCAGUUAAUGACUGCUGGUGGUGCUGAUGCUGAAGAUUACUGGAGACUGGCUAGGGAUACUUCACGGGCUUAUCUUGAAGCUGGUGACCUGUCUACAGCUUUGUCUACAUUACAGAAGGCUUGUAAAAAUUACCCAAAUUUAAUCACAUCAGAAGAUAUUAAUACCAUCCUGGAGAUGCAGAUAUCACAGAAGAUAUUUGUUGAAUCUCUUGAGCUGUUGGUGAAAUUCUGUGGUGUUGUUUUUGAAUUUGAAAAAUUUAACUGGAGUUGUGAGUCACUUUAUGUUCCUGAUGGUUUGGUUGAUGGACGAUUAAUUCCUGUAAAGUGUACAGCACCUGAAUUACUACCAAUUGACCUCCGAGCAAAGCUUAUUGUCUGCAUGAUUCAUUUGAAGCAUCAUAAAAUUGUUGAGCCUUUGAUGCAGCCUUUUUAUGAAGAAAAUAUAGAACAAGUUGGAGACCUGUAUCUAGAUAUAGCAGAAGCAUAUAUGGAAAAUGCUCUUUACUCAGAGGCUAAAUCUCUGUUUUCAGUUCUUGUUCAUUCAACUACAUACAAUGAGGCUGCUGUUUGGCUUAAAUAUGGUGAAUGUCUUAACUGUUUGGGUGAACUUGAGAGUGCUGUGAAUUCUUAUCAAAGAGUGGUUGAGUUAGCACCAAGUCACACUGGUGCUCGUAUAUCAUUAUCUGCUCUGCAACAGCAACUUGGCCACUCUAGAGAUGCAGUUGAAGCUCUCACCAUACCAGGUUCAUCAGAUUCCAAUCCACCUAAACGAGUAAGUCAGCAUUUUACAUUUUUAUUUAAAUGCACUAAAAGAGAUACUUUUGUGCUUCAUUAUCCAAAUUUAGAAAUUACUUCUUACAGCUUGAGACAAAUGUGUGCACAAUAAGAGUACAAGUAUAUUUGCUAUAUUUUAAAUUGGCAUCACAGGUUACUUAUUUGAUAAAUUCAUUUGUUGGUUUAAUGUACUAUAUAUAAAGAGAAAG